ACAAAAUUCAUGUUAUGUGUUUCUUAUUUAGCAUAAUUUAGAAGAUGGUGUUGUCAAGCAAUUCAUUCAAAUAUAUUAAUUUUUUUAUAUUAAUGUUAUGCAUUUAUAAAACAGUAUCUAUUGCUGUUAUGUCAGUUGAUUUGGGCAGUGAAUGGCUUAAAAUUGGAAUUGUUAAGCCUGGAGUUCCCAUGGAGAUAGCACUAAAUAAGGAAUCUAGACGAAAAACACCUUUUGUUGUUUCAAUAAAAAACGAUGAAAGAUUGUUUAGUGAUCCUGCAAUGGCAGUUUCUGUUAAACAUCCAGAAAAUGCCUAUCUCUAUCUUAUGCAUAUUCUUGGGAAGAAAUAUGACAGUUUAGCAGUUCAAACAUACAUGAAGAGGUUUCCAUAUUACAAACUAUAUAAAGACGAGAUCAGAGGAACGGCUUUGUUCAAAGGAGAUGACGAACAAUUGCACUCAGUUGAAGAGCUUUUUGCAAUGAUACUUAAUUCAACAAGACAAAUUGCCGAAAAUUUUGCAGAUCAUCCAAUGAAAGACUGUGUUUUAACUGUUCCAGUCUUUUUUACUCAGGCAGAGCGAAGAGCACUUUUAGAUGCAGCUAACAUGACAGGAUUGAAUGUAUUGCAGUUGAUAAAUGACAAUACAGCAGUUGCACUAAAUUAUGGUAUAUUUCGAGCUUCUUCUUUUAAUGAAACAGAAAAGCAUGUGAUGUUUUUUGAUAUGGGCGCUUCCCAUACAACUGCUACCAUAGUAGCUUACAGUACUACAAAAGUAAAAGAUCGAGGGUAUGUUGAAACUGUGCCACAACUUGUAGUUAAAGGAAUAGGGUUUGAUACUUCACUGGGGGGCUUAGAAAUGGACUUCAGAUUACGAGAUUUCUUAGUAAAGGCAUUCAAAGAACAGCAUAAACUUAAAAAAGAUAUCACAGAAAGUCCAAGGUCUAUGAUCAAACUUCUAAAUGAAGCCAAACGUGUUCGUCAAGUUCUUAGUGCAAAUGUUGAUCAUAUGGCACAAGUAGAAAACUUAUUUGAAGAAAAAAACUUUAGAGUAAAGGUUACUAGGGAUGAGCUGCAAGAACUUUGUAAAGAUAUGUUUGAUACUAUUCAGAACCCAAUAAAAAUGGCUUUAGAUGCAUCUUCAAUUAAAAUGGAAGACAUAGAAGCAGUAGUAUUGAUGGGAGGUGGCACAAGAGUUCCUAAAGUACAAGAAAAACUUUUGGAAAUAACGAAAUUACAAGAUUUAGCUAAAAAUAUUAACACAGAUGAAGCGGCUGCUCUUGGAUCUGUUUACAAAGCAGCUGAUCUCUCUGCUGGUUUUAAAGUAAAACGAUUUCUAGUGAAAGAUCUCAACCUGUUUCCAUAUGAUGUUCAAUUCUUCCGAUCUGGAGAUAAUGAUGAAUCGCCUCGCUCUAUUACCAGAAAUCUUUAUAAUAGAUUAAAUCAUUUCCCCCAAAAGAAAGUUAUGACAUUUAACAAAAAGCCUACUGAUUUCAACUUUAAUAUUACAUAUGGAGAUCAUACAUUUCUCUCUGACAAACUUAAAAGUUCACUUGAUCUUGGAGAAGUUUUACAUGUAUCAUUAUCUGGAGUAGAGAGCGCUCAUCAGAAAAAUGUCAAGGCAAAUGCCAAAGGUGUUAAAGCCUUUUUCAAUCUUGAUGAGAGUGGAAUUUUAAGCGUUGAAAAGGUAGAAGCACAUUUUGAAAAAACACCAGAGCUUAUUGCAGAAGAAGAACAAUCAACAUUUGCAAAAUUGGGCUCAAAACUCUCAAGUUUCUUUGGAAGUUCCAAAUCUGACGAUGAAAAAGUAGAAAAUGUUAAAGAAGAAAAGAAAGAAGAAAAGUCAGAUAGUGCAGAUAAAAGCAAAGAAGAUUUAAAGAAUGAUGAACAAAACAAAAAAGAAGAGAAGGAUGAAAAGAAAUCAGAAACCAUUGAUAGCAAAACAGCAGAUAAUUCCACUGUUCUUAAUGCUACAACUUCAAAGAAUGAUACAUCAGCAAAUAGUUCUGCUGAAGCCAAGCCUAUUGAACCAGUGAUUGUGAAGGAACCUAUUUUAUUGAAUUAUAAACGUGCUGAUGUUCCAGCCAUUCCAGUUGACAUUUACCAGACUUCUGUUGAUAAAAUAAAAGGUUAUGAAGCAAGGGAUAUUGCUAAAAAAGCAAGAGAACGAGCCCAGAAUGCAUUAGAGGAUUAUUUGUAUACGUUUAAAGAUAAAUUAACUCGUGAUGAUGUAAUCCCGCUUACUACAGAAGAGGAACGAUCAAGUAUUGAAGAGGCUUUUAAUGUUGUAGGAACUUGGUUGGAAGAAGAAGGAUUUGAGGCUGAUGAAAAGACAUUAAAAAAGAAAUUGAGUGACCUUAAAAAAGUUGCUGAAGAGUUACAGUUCCGAUUGGAUGAAUUGAUUGAGCGUCCCAAAGCAAUUGCCGCCAUGUUGCAAAGUUUUAAUAUAUCAGAUAUGAUGCAAAAAACUGUAAGAGACAUGCCUGAUUCUAAAGAAAUAUAUACUGAAAAAGACUUCAAAGAUUUGGAAAAAAUUAGCGAGGAAACAAAGCAAUGGUUCAUGGAAACGUGGAAAAAACAGAAUGAAAGUGAUCCAACGAAAAAACCUGUUCUUCUUAGCAAAGAUGUUUACUUUCAUCAAGCAAAACUUGAUCGUGAACUUAUGUAUUUGAUUAACAAAGCAAAAUAUUAUGUUCCUAAACCUAAACCAAAGCCUUCUUCAAAUACGACUAAAAGUACAGGAAAAGCAACGAAUAAUACAAAACAAAGUGAGCCGGAUUUAAAAACGAAGCCUGACGAACCUGAAGAGACAACCAAGAAAAGUAGGAAAAAUAAAAAAGUUCCAGUUGAAGAUGUUCCGGUACUUGAAUUAGGCGGUGAAAAAACAGAUUCUAUUAGUCCUGAAACUAAAUCUGAUAUACCCGAUGGUGAAUCUAAUAAUGAAUCUGCAGAAAAAUCUGCAGAAACAAAUGACGGUAAAACAACACAUAACCCCGACGAUAAAACAACACAUAACCCCGAAGACGAGCUUUAAUGUUACCUCGUGGUUUUUAUAGAUAUAUAAAAUUUUAGGAGAAAAAGACGUGAAUAUUUAAGAACCAUAUUUCAAUUGUUAUUUUAUUAAAUAAUUUAGCUAAAUUUCUUAUUACAAUUUUUGCCAAA